GAAAGAAGGAAGGAAGGAAGGAGAGAGCGAGCAGAAGAGGGGAGGGAAAAAGGAGGGCAGCUGGCCCCAUGGCUUGCUAUUUCCCCGCCGCCGAGCUGGCCCGCAGCCCCCGGAGAAGGAGCGCCCGGACCUGCUGCCAGAGGUGCCUCCCCUCGCCCCCCAGCAAAGCGAUGGCCAAGGAAGGCUCCAUGCCCGUCGGCGGUGGAACAUCAUCAGCCAUAGCUACCAUGAAGGAGGAGCUGCAAUGCCCCAUCUGCUACGAGCCCUUCAAGGACGCGGCCACCCUCUGCUGCGGGCACAACUUCUGCAAGGGCUGCGUGAGCCGGUCCUGGGAAGGCCAGAGCCGGGCCCACGUCUGCCCCGUCUGCAAGGCCGUCUGCGCCCCCGAGGACCUGCGCACCAACCACACUUUGGUCAACAUCGUGGAGAUGUUCCUCAAGCAGGAGGAGCGGCAGCAGCAGAAGAAGAAGGCCGAGGAGGCCUCUUGCGCCAACCUCUGCCCAUGGCACCAGGAGGAGGCCAAGCUCUUCUGCCUGGACGACAAGGAGCUGGUCUGCUUCGUGUGCCAAGGCGCCAAGGAGCACGUUGACCACAACAUCAGGCCCGUGGCCGAAGUGGCCAAGACUCGCAAGGCCAAAUGCAAGGAUAUGGAGAACUCAAUGCGGGACAAAAUAAGAGAUUUCGCAAGAAUGCAAACCGAUUAUACACUCAUUGGGAACCACAAUAAGGCGGAAAGCUUGCGGCUGCAAAAGGAGAUUAAAAAGCAGUUCCAGGAGAUGCGAGAAUUCCUGCGUAACGAAGAGAGGGUGAUGCUGGAGGCGCUGCAGGAGGAGACCCAGAGGAAACAGGAGCUGGUCGACGACAAAAUCAAGAAGCUGAAGGAGGAGAGCACCGUCCUGCUGCAGGAAGUUGGCCAGCUCCAAGCCGACAUGAAGGAUGACGACGUCUCCUUCCUCAAGAAACACAAAAGCCGGAAGCGCAGAAUUGCAUGGACCAUCGAGAAGCCGGAAGCGAUCCCACCCGGGACCCUGAUCGAAGCCACAAAAUACUUGGAUUCCUUACAGUAUACGGCGUGGAAGAAAAUGCUGGAGAUCAUUAAAGUUGUCCCGUUCAGCUUCGACCCAAACACGGCCACCAGUUGCCUGGCGGUUUCGGACGACCUCUCCAGCAUCGGUGCCUGCGCCAACAAGCUGAUGGUGGAGGUCCCCGAGCGCUUCUCCACCAGCAUGCCCUGCAUCCUGGGCUCAAGGAGUUUCUCUGGUGGUCCCCACGUGUGGGAAGUUGACGUGGGCAGCAAGGAGUACUGGUAUGUGGGAGUGGCCCGCAAGGCCGACGGCUAUUUCUGGAGCAUCGGGUGCAAUUCCCACCUGGGGUCCGGGUACAUGUACCGCAUGCAGGGCACCAGCAACAAGGAAAGCCUCUCCAAGGCGGUGCUGUCCGACUCGGUGAGCCAGAAGGAUCUGCAGCGGCUGAGAGUGGAGCUGGACUGCAAUGAAGCGGAGCUCUCCUUCUACAACGCCCAAGGCGGGGGCCACAUCUAUACUUUCCACGACAAAUUUGGGGAGGUUUUCCCGUUCUUCUACCUCUUCGCCACCGACACAUCCAAACCGCUGAGCGAACCGUUCCAGAUCUGCCCGCUUCAGGUCCGCAUCAAAGCGGACUAUCCCAACUGAUGAAACCUUCCUCUUUGAUUUAUCCUUUCUCAUAAUUUUUUUUCUGCACUCCUUCUUUUCUUUGGCUAACUUUCUAUGAUGGUGGCAUAUGAACUUAGGUUUAUGUGCAAUGGUUCCGUGGAAAAGUGGUUUUAAGUAACUAUAUGUUUCAGCUGACUAAUGUAUUUUAUGUGUUGUAUUUUAUGAAUAGUUGUUAAUGGUUUUAAAUGUAUUGCUGUUUUAUUGAUCUGUUUGGCAUUGAAUUUUGCCGGUUGUUGUAAGCCGCCCUGAGUCCCCUUGGGUGAGAAGGGCGGGGUAGAAAUGUUGUAAAUAAAUAAAAUAAAUAAAUAUGAGGCAGCAAAAACAUCAGAUUGAUCCAAUUUCAGUGUUUGGGGAAUGUAGAGCGAAGGUGCAUCUACGUUGUGCAAUGAAUACAGUUUGACUCCGCUUUAACUUACCAUAGCUCCAUGCUAUGGGAAUCAUGGGAGUUGUAGUUUGGUAAAGCACCAGACUCAUUGGCCGGGAAGGCUGAAUAUGUGCCACUAAACUACAACUCCCAGGAUUCCAUAGCACUGAGCCGUGGUAGUCCAAGUGGUGUCCAACUGUAUUGAUUGUACCGUUUAUGUAGAUGCACCAUAAGAGAAUACAGUUAGUAAUAUAAUGUUUCAGAGCCAUGUGGUGCAUUUACACAGUGGAAUUGAUGCAGUUUGACCCCACUUUAACUGGUCUGGUUCAAUGCUUUGGAAACAUGGAGUCGUAGUUUUACAGGUUCUUUAGCCUUCUCUGUAAAAGAAGGCUGGAGCCUCACAAAACUACAACUCCCAUGGUUCGAUUGCAUGGGACCAUAGAAGUCAAAGUGGCGUCAAACUGCUUUAAUUCUAUAGUGUAAAUGCACGCCUAAUCCUUAUGAUCCCUGGGAAGGUCACACUCUUGAACUCUGGGUUUAAGACAAAACCUUUCUCUUUUGUUUAUCCUUUUUACAGUGAUCCCCAAACUUAGACCCAGUAAAGUUAACUGCUUAUGGCAUCAAACUGAUUUAAUUCUAUAGUGUAGAUGAUGCCUAGUCCUUGUGAUCCCUGGGAAGGUCACACUUUUGAGCUCUGGGUUUGAGACUAAACCUUCACUUCACUUCACUUCACUUUAUUUCUUAAUUAGUCGCUCUCCACCAGAGUGCUCCAAGCAACUUACAAUUUAAAUAUCAUCCCACAAUAUAAAAACAUUCAACAUAAAAACAUUCAACAGUGACUACUUGGCAAAUUAGAUCUGAUUUACUUAAAUGCACAACCAAACAGCCAAACCUUGCUCUUUUGUUUAUCCUUUUUACAGUGAGUCUCUAACUUAGACCCAGUAAAGGUAACUGCUUUAGCUAGAUCCCAUUUUGGUUUUUGAGGAUCUAAAGCAAGGCUGCAUCUGCACUGUACAAUUAGGAUUCUGGCACCACGUAAACUGCCAUGACCCGAUGCUGUGGAAACAUGGGUGUUGUAGUUGUACACAAUCUUCUGCCUUCACUGCGAAAGGAUAUGAGAGCCUCACCAAAUUCCAACUUGUAUGAUUCCACAAUAUUGAGCCAUGGAGGCUAAAGUGGUGCCAAACUGUUUUAAUUCUAUAGUGUAGAUGCACCCUUAGUCCUUGUGAUCCCUGGGAAUGCCACAUUCUGAUGCUAUGGGUUGCAGAAUUAAAUAUGUCAAUAAGAUCCUAUAUAGACAAUGGACUUGAAAAUUGAACUCGCUGCUAUUUUAUUAUUUAUUUACAGCAUUUAUAUUUCGUCCUUCUCACCCCGAAGGGGACUCAGGGCGGAUCACAUUACACAUAUAAGGCAAACAUUCAAUGCCUUAACAUAGAACAAAGACAAGACAAACAUAGGCUCCGAGCAGGCUUCAAACUCAUGACCUCCUGGUCAGAGUGAUUCAUUGCAGUGAUUCAUUGCAGCUGCUCUCCAGCCUGCGCCACAGCCCAGGCCCUCAAUAUGAUGUGAAUCCAUUGUGCCUUUAGUCUAAAUGUUAAAGGGAUUCAGUGGCUUCUUCCAAGACUAGAUUCGAAUCCAGAGCAGACCUUUUAGACUAGAUUGCUGCCAAGUAGCCAUUGCCCUUUGAGACAUAGCAGAGAGAUAUAUACAAGCGGGACACAUGUGCAGCUCACUGUGUGGUCAAAUGUGCAUGUGCUGCUCAUGUUUCACUCUCGGAUUGGCACCAUUGGACAAGUCCCUUUUUUGGAAAGAGAUUUGCUUGAUCAGCACCCAUGAUGUCCCAUUUAGGGGCUGAUGGAGACUAGCGCAUGCGUGGGGUGACUCAGUGGAGCAUGGUGCGGCCCACACUUCCACAGAUAUGGCAUUAUCAUUCAAGGCACGAGAGAUGAGGAGAGUGGCAAGGCAUGUGCCCGGCACCCCUCCUUUCCUGGAAUGAUAAGCCUUUCCCAUUCGAGCCAUGCUUGCUUCAUGCGCAGCCGCCACAGCUGGAAGAUUGAUAGCAGCUUUGGGGAGGGGGAGAAAACAGUCUGGAAAUAGGCAAGGCCUUCCCGGGUUUGGCAUGAUGUCACCGCAACCCAAUGAGAACGUGCCACAUUCGGCAUGUGCUCGAGCCGUGCGGGGAAGUUAACUCUUCCAUGGGUUGCGCAUCGCAGGAAAGCAUUAGAGAAGCGGUUCCUAUUUUCCUCGCCAUAGUUUCCAGGAGGUAAAAACAUCCCCGUUGAAUUGCAGUGGCAUUGGAGAGCAUGGCGCAAGGAAAACCCAGUGCAUAAUAAUUAAAUGCUAAGAUAACUGGAGAACUUCUAUAGCCAAACGGUUCAGAGAAAUCCAAUACUCUACUUCAAGUUAUGUAUUACAUAUACAGUAGAGUCUCACUUAUCCAAGCUAAAUGGGCCGGCAGAAGCUUGGAUAAGCGAAUAUCUUGGAUAAUAAGGAGGGAUUAAGGAAAAACCUAUUAAACAUCAAAUUAGGUUAUGAUUUUACAAAUUAAGCGCCAAAACAUCAUGUUAUACAACAAAUUCGAUAGAAAAAGUAGUUCAAUACACAGUAAUGUUAUGUUGUAAUUACUGUAUUUACAAAUUUAGCACCAAAAUAUCAUGAUUUAUUGAAACAUUGACUACAAAAAUGGCUUGGAUAAUCCAGAAGCUUGGAUAAUUGAGACUCUACUGUAUAUGACAAAUCGGUUAAACCCCUGGCUGUAUAGAAAUAAUGCAGCUCAACCACAUAAUUUUAUAUGUUAAUUUUAUCAAUAUUUGUAUGUAUGUAUUUUUAUCCUUUACCAUUUUAUCUUGUAAAUCGCCUAGAGCAUCGUGGAUGGAGGGCGAUUAAUAAGUAAUUAAAUGAUGAUGAUGAUGAUGAUGAUGAUAAUGCAACUCAAACUGCAUUAAAUUACAGUGUAGGUCCAGUUUGGAAUUCAAUUAUAAUUUCUGCAAUGGUAAAAGGAGGGCAAUCCACUCCCAUUGCCCUCCUUUUACCAUUGCAGAAAUUAUAAUUGAAUCCCAGGCUGGACUUACACUGUAAUUUAAUGCAGUUUGAGCUGCAUUAUGUGGUCAGUGAGUAGACCCAUUUAAUGCCAUUAGAACUGCAUUAUAUGGGUCUAUGAUGACCACAUAAUGCUGCUCAAACUGCAUUAAAUUACAGUGUAGACCCAGCCUCAGAGAGCACGAGAAAGAGGUUUGCUUAAACCAACUCAGAACCGUAUUAACAUGUUCUGCAUAUCGAUGACUUCCUCCAUUAUUGUCUAGACACCAAUCGAUUUCUUGUGUGCAAAAGACAGCAUAUGCAUUGCCAAUAUAAACUUAUCAAUAAUUUCUUUCAGGUUUGAAAACAUGUCCCUGUUAUUUGGAACAAGGUUUAAGGUACCCAGAUUGAAAGUUGGAAAGUCUUUACCGUCCCAAAGCAGGUUUUGCUCGUUGCGGAGUGCAUCUACACUACAGAAUGAAUUCAGUUUGAGACCACUUUUAGCUGCCAUGGCUCAGUGCUAUGGAAUCCUGGGUGUUGUAUUUAUUUAUUUAUUUAUUUACAGUAUUUAUAUUCCGCCCUUCUUUCUCACCCCGAAGGGGACUCAGGGCGGAUUACAAUGAAGACAUAUAUGGCAAACAUUCAAUACCAACAGACAAACAACAUACAUUAGACAGACUCAGAGGCAUUUUUAACAUUUUUCCAGCUUCACGAUUCCGGCCACAGGGGGAGCUGUUGCUUCACCAUCCAGUAGUGACUGUACUUCCUCAUUCCUUUCCUUGUGUUUUGCUGGCAGUUUUAUGGUGUUGUAAAUUAGUUAAAUUAGCCUCCCCGCAUAAAGCGUCCCGAAAUUUCCCUAAUUGACAGGUGCAACUGUCUUUCGGGGCUGCAUAGGUCAACAGCAAGCCGGGGCUAUUAAUGGUCGGAGGCUUAACCCGACCCGGGCUUCGAACUCAUAACCUCUCGGUCAGUAGUGAUUUAUAGCAGUUGGUUACUAGCCAGCUGCGCCACAGCCCGGCCCCUUGUAGUUUGGCAAGACACUCUUUAGAAGGGAAAAAUGAAAGACCUUUUAAAACUACAACUCUCAGCAUUCCACAGCAUUGAGACAUGGAAGUUAAAGUGGUAUGAAACUGCAUUCAUUCUGCAGUGUAGAUGCACCCAAACAGCCAGGUAAGAAGCAAUACUUGCUGAAAUCCCCAUUUUAAAAGUACAGCAACCUUCUUCAGUUUUAAUCUUUUUAAUCGUAAGCAUCAACAGAGUGCCCUCAUUUGAAUACCUGCUUCUCCCCACAUUUAUUUUGGAUCCUUAGAAAUAGGAAAGAUAUUUGGAAUUGAGGAGCACCGUGCUCAAAGCUCCUUGGAAUUGCUUGCAAAGUUUUUGUUUGUUUUGGUUUAUUUAUAUAUAUAUAUAUCUACAGAGGGACGUUCCCUUUUUUGCUCCUAGGAGUAGCUUUCUAUGGAAGGAAAUAGGUUUUCCUCCAUAUGUUGUUGUAUUGCAUGUCCCAGCAGCUCUGGUGAGUAAAGAGAAAUGCUCUGGGUUGUAGUCCAACAUCUUCUGGAUAGCUGUAUGGUUCCUGUCGUUGUUUAAGUACUGCCUUUUUGGUAAUACGUUUUGCAAACUGGAGCCAGUUUCCAUCCAGCCUUGAAGCAGCUUUCCAAACCAUUAAAUAAUUGGAAAGCGAUUUAUCUUCCAUGCAGCUAUAUCAAACUGCAAUUGCCUUGUUUGGACAUCCUAUUUUUAGUUCUCCAUAUUUCUGGGCCUCUGGUUGUCAUGUUUGACCAUUCUUUCAGGACGUUUGGAUUUGUCUUUUGAUCUGCUCCAUAUUGCCACACAUGUCUUAUAGUUCGCUUAUAUGAGAAAGCCUUAAAACUUCGUGCACUUUUUUGUACAAUUUGCUCUUUCCAGACUACUUUUGAGUAUAGUUUAUUGCUCUUCAGGAGACAGCACUGCUUUGCAUCAUUGCUUGUAUGAAAAAAUAAAAUAGCAUGUAUUAAAUGUUUGGUCUGAAAAAGGGUUUAAUAUAUAAUGAGUUUUAUAAAAGCAUGUUUGAAA